AUCUCCAACACCCAACAUGUCAUCCACCGGCUGGGAAGUCCGCUUCUCAAACUCUCGCCAGCUCCCCUACUUCUACCACGCCCAGCAAGCCACCUCCACCUGGGAGCCCCCCGCCGAUCUCACCCCAGAGCAGAUCCAGCAGCUUCCGGGCGCGAGCCAGUAUCUCAACCCCCAGACAAAGCCGCCUGGAGGCAAGGACGGCCAGGCUAGGGCUAGCCACAUCCUCGCCAAGCAUUCCGGGAGUAGGCGACCGGCUUCUUGGAGGAGUGACAACAUUACGAUCUCUUCCGCCGAAGCCCAGUCCAUCAUCGAGAAGCACGUUGCAUACCUCAAGUCUCUUCCUAAGGAGGACCUCGCUCGAGAGUUUGCCAAAAUUGCUUCUACCGAGAGCGACUGUUCUAGUGCAAAGAAGGGAGGCGAUCUGGGAUGGUUUGGCAGGGGACAGAUGCAGAAGCCUUUCGAGGACAACACCUUCUCUACCCCCAUCGGAGAGCUCAGUGACAUUGUCAAGACUGAUUCCGGUGUCCAUGUCAUUCUCCGAACUGGAUAAUCGUCUUCUUGUCCAUUUGUAGGGAAGCAGAUCAGAAAGUCGUUUACAGUAGCAGACGCAUGUAUGAUAUGAUGAUAUGAUAUAGUACAUCGGGAUGCGAUCAUAACGCUCCCAACCUUCAGAAGUGAACCAAGGUAGUUACAACAAGUUAUGAUGUGCUAUUGCGAGUACAUUGCAACGUGUGCAUUGCCCCUGAGUUCCAGCCGGAUAUGGCCCGCUAAAAGUGGUAGUUGCUUCAGUAAACAUAUCGAGAGUGGUCAAAGACUAACAGGUUCAUAACUUUGACUUGCCCCCCGGCCCCUUCCCCCACCCAUCCCACGCCGGAUGUACCUUGCUCGCAUCGCUCCACCUCGGAUCCACCACCACCGACCCUUGCGCUCCAGAGCCCCCAGCAGGUAUUGGGGAGUUUGAGAUGGUGUGGUGUAUACGCGUCUGCACUGAUGGUAUAGAGAAGGAGGAGGAUAUGGAAGCGGGGUGGAUCGCUGAUGGGGGAGGUGGUGGACGAGAGGUGGCGAGUGGCUGCACGGUAGGGCGUUUAUCUCUGGAUAUCAUUCCGGAAGCUUGAUGUGUUUGUAUGAAUAGUAUAGCUA